GUGUAUCUGUGUGUGUGUGUGUGUGUGUGUGUGUGUGUGUGUGUUGAGCAGUGAUUGGGGAUAAACUGCACUUCAUGAACGGUCAUUUACAGUUUCUGGCAGCAUGGAGGAAGUCAGGAAGUGCACGUGGACACUUCUUGGAAACGGCGCUCAUUUCCUUAAUCGUCAGUGCAGCUAAUUUUGAGAUGAUUAGCGAAUGUGGACGCUCAGGUUUAGAGAAAUGCGUUUGUGAGGCGAAGGUCACAUAACCUUGGCUUGACCCAUGAGGGACUUUUAAUGAGAUGAUCAGUCUUAAAAAUGUUGUUUUUAAAAGUUUAAAUUGUGUCGUUACUCCGAACAGACCAGCUUCCUGUCCUGUAUACACAGCAGAUUACCUUCUGCACCACGUGCUGGACAAUCAAAAGCUGAAAUAAUCCUCUUCAUCAUGGCGUUGUUGACACAUGUGCUGGCCUGCCUCUUUGGCAUUGGUUCAUGGGUUGCCAUCAAUGGGAUGUGGGUGGAGCUCCCACUGGUUGUACCUGAGAUUCCUGAGGGCUGGUACCUGCCCUCCUACCUCACUGUCAUCAUCCAGUUGGCCAACAUCGGUCCACUCUUCAUCACACUCAUGCACCGCUUCAAGCCAGGAGCUCUGGAUGAGCAGCCAGUUAUCUACACUAUCGUAGUAAUGGGUGUUGUGGCCACCUUCCUCCUGGCCUUCCUCUGGAAGCACACACUAGUUGUGGGGGGUGCUGUACACAGUGUGGCCCUGCUGUCUCUCAGUUUUCUUCUAUCAGUGGUGGACUGCACAUCUUCUGUCACCUUCCUUCCCUUUAUGAUGAGGCUCCCGCCUCAGUACCUCACCAGUUAUUUUGUUGGGGAGGGUCUGAGUGGUUUGAUUCCAGCACUGGUGGCGCUUAUUCAGGGAGUAGGGAUGGUUCAAUGCAAGAAUGCUACAGCUAAUGCAAACGUUAGCAUGGAGAACUCCACCUGGGGGUCAGGUGGUGAACUGGUGGCACAUUACGAGCAGGCCAACUUCUCUGCUCAGGUCUUCUUCCUGUUCCUCAGUGUAAUGAUGAUAGUGUGCCUGGGCGCUUUCCUGAUGCUCAACCACCUCCCUGCUGUGGCCAAGGAACGCAAGUGUGAGCGCUACCUUGAUGAUGCCACACACAGAGAGAAGGCUGGUGUUGGCCUCUCUCUGCAGAACUCUGUUCCAGAACAGAAACCCAUGCUGGAUUCCUCAGAGAGUCCGGUGAAAGAACCUCGCAGCAGCUUUGGCAAAGGCACCUUCAGCAGAGCACAGCUGGUCUUAAUCUUUGUGGUCCUGGCCUGGGUCAAUGCACUAACUAAUGCAGUCCUCCCUUCAGUACAGUCCUACUCCUGCCUCCCUUACGGAAAUCAGGCCUAUCACCUGGCAACAACCAUGGCUGCAGCGGCCAACCCUGUGGCUUGCUUCAUUGCCAUGUUUGUGCCAAACAGGUCCUUGGUUCUGAUGGCAGUUCUCACAGUGACUGGUACAGGAUUUGGGGCCUACAUCAUGGCCAUGGCAGCACUGAGUCCUUGCCCUCUAUUGGUACAUCAUGAUAUGGGAGCUGCACUUGUGGUCAUAACAUGGGUGGUGUUUGUCCUCACUCUGUCCUAUGUGAAGGUGAUCAUUGGGGUGAUCCUGAGAGAUGAAGGACACAGCGCCCUCAUAUGGUGUGGUGCUGUAGUACAGCUUGGCUCCAUGUUAGGUGCCAUGUCGAUGUUUCCUCUCGUUAGUAUUCAUGAACUAUUCAAAUCAGGGGAUCCAUGUAACACUAAAUGUCCUAAAUGAUGACAAACAUAAUUAAGUCAUAACAUAAAUAUUAAAUGUGUUACAGUUCAUCACUCUGUGUAGUUCACAUACACCAAAGGGCAAGUUUGCUUUAACCCUGCUGUAACACAUAAGCCAGUUUUUGUAUUUUUCCAGAGACCAAACUGAAAUAUUAUAAAUAUCACAGCCCAUGUGUGCACAGUCUUUGUCUGUAAGCACUGCAGUAAACUCACUAAAGUAGACCUUUAGUGCUCUUGUUACACUUGACAGAGAAUCUCAUAAAUGGAUGUAAAUAUCUAUCAUUGUUACAUUAUAGUCUGUCUACCAUAGUAACUUCAGCUGAUACUUGAUGAAGAGUGCCUUGGCAUUAUGCUGUUUAAACUUUAAGUCUUUUUACAUUAUGUUUGUGAGUUUUAUGUAAUUUAAUUUUUGCUUUUUUUAUUUAUUAGGCCUGAAUAGUGACAGAUUAACAAUUUCCUUUUUGUAGGACUCUGUCAUGUUUAAAUAAAAUGUGUGUUUUUUAGAAUGAAAUACUUGAAAUACAA